CCGUACUAAACCCUAUCGCGCACCGAUAUGACAAUUACCAACUCUGAGGGCAUCUUCCCGGCGGCGAGCUGCUUCGCCUGCACCCCCGAAGAAGAGAGAGAAACUAUUAUGUGACUGCUUUCUUCAGCUUCUGAUUGAUUGCCGUUUUCGAUCCUUGUUGAUCAAUCUGAGCCUAAUCGACCACAGUUUUGAUAUCUGAAACUCGGGCCAUCAUAAACCCUCGAUACUUCGUUCAUAGCUUCCCUCACGCUAACUAGGGUUCCUCUUUCCACCCUUUUCGAGAUUUCUGCUUCUCCGGAGUCGUUCUUUAAGGAAAUGGAAAAGGAGAGUGAUUUGUGGAUGGAAAAAUUCUGCAAAGACGCCGCAAGGGCCUUCUUCAAAGAGUGGGGUCUUCUUAGCCAUCAGAUCAAUUCCUACGACGAUUUUAUCGAACAUGGCCUCCAAGAUCUGUUUGACACUCUCGGAGACGUUGUCGUAGAACCAGGCUAUGACCCAUCCAAGAAGGGAUCUGAAGGCUGGAGACAUGCGGCUAUCAGUUUCGGUAAUGUCAGGCUUGAGAAGCCUGAGUUUUGGCCUGAAAGUAACGAUGUGCACGAUACCUCACUGAAAUUACUACCGAAACAUGCUCGCCUUCAGAACAUGACAUAUUCUUCUCAGCUAAAAGUUGAAGUCAGAGUUCAGACAUAUGUGCAAGAGAAAAAUGACAAAGCCAAGUCUGGCAAUGACCUAUAUAUUCAGAAAAGGGUAUUGGGUGACACAAAAAGGGAAAUCACCAUAGGAAGGUUACCUGUCAUGGUCAAUUCAAACCUUUGCUGGCUGAAGACUCUUGACAAAAGUGAUUGCAUCUUUGAUUCUGGUGGUUACUUUUUAAUUAAAGGGAUGGAGAAGACUUUCAUUGCACAAGAACAAAGAUGUUUGACAAGACUCUGGGUGGUAGAUAAACCUUCUCCAACAGUUUCUUAUUUAUCAGAAGUCAAACAAAAAAGAAUAUAUGUGAAACUUAUUGAAGCUCCCAAAGUUGAAGGGUUCAAUGGAGGCAGACAUAUUAGCUUCUACUUCUUCUUUGCCACAAUGCCAAUCUGGGUUAUGUUUUUUGCUCUUGGUGCAUUAUCAGAUAAAGAUGUUUUUGAAAUGAUUGAUCUUGAAGGAUGUGAGGCUGGUAUGACUGACAUAAUAUUAGCAACUAUUAAGGAUGCUGAAGAACAAUUUGAGGGUUUCCGUAGCAUAGAUAAGGCUUGCCAGCACAUAGAUACACUGGUUAAGAAUGCAAAGUUCCCUCCUACUGAAUCCUUUGAUCAAUAUGUUUCUAAGUAUCUCUUUCCAAAUAUUGCUGGGCAUAGGUCAAAAGCUCUUUUCUUAGGAUAUAUGGUUAAAUGUCUCUUACUAUCUUCUGUUGGUAAGAGAAAAUGUGACAACAAAGAUGAUUUUAGGAACAAGAGGUUGCACUUAGCCGGUGAACUUCUGGCUAGGGAGUUAAGGACACAUGUUAGACAUGCUGAGAGGCGAAUGGUUAAAACUAUGCAGAGAGAUCUAAAUGGAGAUAAUAGUUUGCAACUAAUUGAGCGUUAUUGGGAUGCAUCUAUAAUUACAAAUGGUCUUAAUCGGGCUUUUACAACUGGUGCAUGGACUCAUCCAUACAAAAAGGCUGAGAGGUCAUCAGGCAUAGUGGCAACCCUUAGAAGAACCAAUCCUCUUCAAAUGAUUUCUGACAUGAGAAAAACACGUCAGCAGGUUUUAUAUGCAGGGAAGGCUGGUGAUGCUAGAUAUCCAAAUCCAUCGUACUGGGGGAAAUUGUGUUUUUUAUCAACACCAGAUGGGGAGAACUGUGGGCUUGUAAAAAAUUUAGCUGUCACAGCUGUUGUUAGCUCUAAAGUAUUGCAACCUAGUGUUGAUAACUUGAUGGAAUGUGGAAUGAAAAAACUGGAUGAAGUAUCUCUAGAGUCAAUGAGAAAUAUGGGUAAAGUAUUUCUGAAUGGUGACUGGGUUGGAGUUUGUUCAGACAUGAGCUCAAUUGCUGAUAGACUCAGAUGUAUGCGUCGUGGCAAACAAAUUGAUCCCCAGGUUGAAAUAAAAAUAGACAAACACCAAAAGGAAGUCCGUAUAUUUACUGAUGCUGGGAGAAUUCUAAGACCUCUUUUGAUUGUAAAAAACUUGAAGAAAAUUAGGGAACUGAAAGGAGGAGCCUGUUCGUUUUCAUAUCUCAUGGAGCAGGAAAUCAUAGAACUCAUCGGCGUUGAGGAAGAGGAAGAUUGCCAAACUGCAUGGGGAAUCAAGUCUUUUUUUGCAGCUAAUGAAGGGAGUUCUCUGAAGUACUCCCAUUGUGAGCUUGAUCCAUCCUUCUUAUUAGGCUUAAGUUGCAGUAUUACUCCUUUUGCUAACCACAACUUUGCUAGAAGAGUUUUGUAUCAGGCUGAGAAGCACUCUCAUCAGGCAAUUGGCUUCUCCACAGUAAAUCCAAGUAUUAGAGUUGACACUCUUUCUCACCAACUGUAUUAUCCUCAGAAACCUCUUUUUAGAACAGUAGUAUCUGAGUGCCUUUUUAGCACUAGUUCUUCCGUUGGCAGAAAAGACACCAUUGCUAGACCGGAAUAUUACAACGGUCAAAAUGCUAUUGUCGCAGUCAAUGUUCACCAAGGGUUCAAUCAAGAGGAUUCAUUGGUCAUGAAUAAGUCUUCUCUCGACCGUGGAAUGUUCCGUACCGAACACUUCAGGAGUUACAAAGCUGAGGUUGAAAAUAAGGUUCUUUCUAAACGUCUAAAGCUGAAGGAGAAAGUAGAUUUUGGUAAAAUUGAUAGUAAAAAAGGGCGUGUUGAUAGUCUAGAUGAUGAUGGUUUUCCCUAUGUUGGUGCGAGCCUACAAAGUGGUGACAUUGUGAUUGGUAAGGUGUCAGAGUCAGGAGAAGAUCAUAGUAUCAAGCUAAAACACACCGAAAAAGGGAUGGUCCAAAAAGUAGUGCUUGCUGCAAAUGAUGAAGGAAAGAACUUUGCAGUUGUUACUUUGAGACAGGUUCGAUCACCUUGUUUAGGGGACAAAUUUUCUAGCAUGCAUGGUCAGAAAGGUGUCGUUGGUUUCCUGGAAACACAAGAGAAUUUUCCUUUCACAUGUGAAGGCAUAGUUCCAGACAUUGUCAUAAACCCUCAUGCUUUUCCAACUCGGCAGACUCCUGGUCAGCUUCUUGAAGCUGCAUUGGGAAAAGGAAUUGCAUGUAGAGAUUCUACAAGAUAUGCUACACCAUUCUCAACUGCUUCAGUUGAUGACAUUGCAGAUCAGUUGCACAGGUCUGGCUUCUCUAGAUGGGGUUCCGAAAGGGUUCUAAAUGGUCGGACUGGUGAAAUGAUGAGCUCUAUGAUCUUCAUGGGUCCUACUUUCUAUCAGCGAUUAAUCCAUAUGGCUGAAGAUAAGGUAAAGUUCAGGAAUACUGGACCAGUUCACCCACUGACAAGGCAACCUGUAGCAGACCGCAAGAGGUUUGGUGGAGUAAAGUUUGGAGAGAUGGAGCGCGAUUGUUUGCUUGCCCAUGGAGCAGCUGCCAACCUUCAUGAGCGGCUGUUUAUGCUCAGUGACUUCUCUCAGAUGCAUAUCUGCCAGAAAUGUCACCGUGCUGCCAAUGUUAUCUUGCGGCCUGUGCCGGGAGGCAAAAAGAUCCGUGGUCCAUAUUGCAAUUUUUGCCAAUCCGGAGAGAACAUUGUCCGAAUCAACGUGCCUUACGGUGCCAAGCUUCUGUACAUGGAGCUUUUUAGUAUGGGAAUUUGUCUCAAGUUCGAGACGGAGUUAUGUUGAUGAAGCUUUGCUUCUAGAUCUGGCUUUGUCUUAUCAUGUGCAUUUGUGUAACCCAGAUCUCAUGUGGCUAAACCUAACUAAUAUGUAGGUUUUUUUUUUUUUUUUCACUUCGUUAGGUUUCAUGAUCCAUUAUGUCUAGAAUGACAAAUCUAUGUCUAGAAAUAGAAUGACAUUAAGUACUGGGUGUUGCCACUGAUCUCAUUUUGCUGUAUUGUAAAUAUUCCUCGGGCUGAUACAUUGUACUUUGUUAUUUUAGUGUUUUUUUUCUUGAAAA